UGUUUUUUAGAUUUUAUUUCAAAUUCAUCGACUUUCUUCAGGGCGGAACUAUUGUGUCUGUGUGAUUCUGCACGAGAGUGUUUCAGGGACGCACAGAGUACAUGUGAAGUCACCACGCCGAUCAGCUUGUUUAUUUAUCUUCAGGAUUCUGCUUUGAAAUUUCGCAUUGAUAUCAUUGUGUAGUGUCGACAUAGUAUCACAUUUGCUCAAACAACGAUUAAGUAAAGAUGGCGACUCAGUGCGACAGCGACGACGACGACGGAAUGGACGCGUUUAUGGACAAAUUCAAGAAAGAGAAAUAUAAAAAUGCACUUAGCGAAGACAACUGGGAGGCGGAGCUGGAUAAAAUACCAAUAUUUAUGAAAGACGCUCCGGACGACUUCGAUCCCAAAGAAUAUCCGGAGCUAGCUUGUCUGCAGGCCAUGCUGCACGAUGAAGACUGCACUCCUGAAGAACAAGCCGAGAACUUUAAAAAUGAGGGGAAUGCAUUCUUCAAAGAGAAGGACUACAAAAAGGCGGUAGUGGCCUACACUGCAGGGCUGCAGAAGAAGUGCCAGGUCCUGGAGCUGAACACGGUUCUUCUCACCAACAGAGCUGCUGCCCAUUUCCACCUCGGGAACAUGCGCUCAGCAUUCAACGAUGCCGCGGCUGCAAGGAAGCUCAAACCGGAUCACCUGAAAGCUCUGAUCCGAGGAGCACAGUGUUGUAUCGAGCUACGCAGCUUUGUGGAUGCUAUCCAGUGGUGUGACGAGGGACUGAAGCUCUAUCCCACCGACAGGAAGCUGCAGGAGCUGAGAGCAGCAGCAGAUAAACACAAGAGAGUGGCGGACAGAGACGCCCGCAAAGCCCGAGUCAAAGGGAAGAAGGUGCAUGAUGAGAAAGAGCAUCUCCUGGCGGCGAUAAAGGCUCGAGGCAUCAAGCUGCUUCACUCGGCAAAACCUCGUCCGGUCGAGUCCGACAGUGACAAUGAAGCGUCAGAGUUUGUCGCAGAGCUGAGUGUGGACGGGCUCGGGUGCAAAGAAGCCACCGGGGCUCAGGUCUACCUGGACCAGCAGGGCGCCCUCCAGUGGCCGGUGUUCUUCCUGUAUCCGGAGCAUCAACAGAGCGACUUCAUCUCUGCCUUUUGUGAGAACAACAGUUUCAUCGACCACCUGGCUGUCAUGUUUGGAGAGGAGCUUCCGCCGUGGGACGUGGACAGAAAAUACAGACCACAACAUCUUCAGUUGUUCUUUGAGGACGUGGAGAAAGAGACGCUUCACAGAGUCUGUCCAGAGUCGACACUUUUGGAGGUGUUGCAGCACAAACGGUUCUUCAUCAAGGCGGGGACGCCGAGCUUCAUCGUUCUGGUCGACGGCUCGGCGUUCAGCCGGAAGUUUUUAACAGGAAAGAAAAUAAAGUGACAGAGAAUUUUAAUCCUUCAUCAACAUGUGGUUAUUCUCAGCUGAGUCCCAAAGCACACACUCAGCGAGACAAGGUCUCGAGUGAAGGACAGAGAGGAAGGCAAGCGCAAGAGAGGGAACACUG